GCAGAAGAAGCAGAAGCAGCAGCCGCCGCAGAAGCAGCAGAAGCACUACCGUUUUUCAAGCUUGUUCUUCAGUGUCCUUUCCCAGACCCCUUCCUUCAACUUUAUUUCUUGCUCCCAAACCCAAAACACAAUUGAAGAUAACAAAGAGCAACAAAACAACCCCAAAACUGCCCUCCAACAGACCUAAAUACUUUUCAAUCAUAAAGAAAAUUUUGCUGAACCUCUCUCACCAUGAACACCAACCCUGAUGGUUCAAUCAACUACCACAAUCCCAACAGAGACGUCUCUCGCUACCGCAACAUAUUUGCUGAAAUACCUUCAGCUUCCAUACCGCAAGGGCCUCCUGUGUCCCAAGUGCCCCAAGUGUCCCAAAUUCCUCAUCUGGUUUCUCAACAUGGCCCUCAGCCAAUUCCUUUAUCUGCUCAAGCACCAAACAUGAUUCCUAUGUCAGUCAAUGUGUCCCUUCUCAACCAGUCGACUCAGCAGAAUCAGCCAAACCAGCACAAUCAACAGACUCAUCAAAGCCAGCACAACCAACAAUCACAACUGUACUUGCUGUCACUAUCUCUGACCUCUUUGGUUUCUCCCGCCUAUAGCCAGUCCUUCAACUACUCACAGACUGAAUUAUUAAAACCAGAUUCUAAGAAAGCUUGCACAAGAUGCAGAAACAAAAAAAUCAAGUGUUCUUCUGAGAUUCCAGUUUGCACAAAUUGCUCAAAACACGACGUGGAUUGCGAUAUAAUGGAUUGCAUAUCUUACAAUUUUGAUACUGUUCGUUCCUUGCAAUCAGAAAUUGCAGGUUUGCAAUCUUCUCUAUCUGAAUAUCAAAAAAAAUAUAAUCAAUCUGAACAAAACUUAUCUCAAACAAAAUCUCAAUUGAACUACACUAAAUCUCAAUUGGACUAUACUAAAUCUCAACUAGACUAUACCAAAUCAGAAUUGGAUAAAAAAGAUAAAAUAAUACAAUCUCUCCAAUCAACUCAAUCAACUCAAUCAAUUCAAUCUAACAAUCAUAAGCAUAAUCACGAUCAUGAUCAUAACCAAACUCUUAGCCCAACUGUAAUAACUAAUGUUAACAGACCAAAUAAGUCAACUCACAAUAUAGCUUCUAUAGCUGGUAUAUUAAACACUUCUGAAGAUGUCAAUUUUAAUCAUAAUCUUAUUCAUAAAAAUAGUAACAAUAAUAAUACUCAUAGUACGCAUAACAACAGCAUUAGUAAUCUUAUAAACAACACAAACAACACAAAAAAUACUUUAAUCAAUAAUUCAAUCACUCCAUCCAGUCAACAAUCAUCUUAUACCUAUUCACAACCACUAUCCAACCAACAUUCUCAACAAAAUUUGCAAUCUCAUUCUUACCAACAACCUCAACCUCAACCUCAAUCUCAAUCUCGAUCUCAAUUUCAUUCUCAAAGCUCUUAUGAACCAUCAAAUAGACCUAUUCACUCUCAAUUGAAUCAAAAUCAAAAUAACCAAAACAACCAAAACAAUAUCUCUCUUCCUUCUUUAUCUCAAUCACAAUCACAAUCUCAGCCUAUAUCACUCAUUCAAUCUCAACCUCAAAAUCAAAAUCAACCAUUAACUACAUUCUACCAAAAUAAUCCUCAGAAUUCAGGAAAUAACUCAACCGCUAAUCAUUCAACAUCAACAAUUAAUCAAAAUAAUUAUAACAACCCACCUUUAACAGCUGAAACAACCAUCAUAUCUACUCAAUCAAACUCUAUCGAUAAUGUUCCUUUACUUAUCAAUGACGAUUCUCUAAAUCUAAUGCCAUCUCCCAAUACUCAAAACCAAAUUCAAUCUCAAUCUCAAUCUCAAAUUCAAAUUCAAAAAAAUAAUGAAACUAUAAACAAAAUCUCUUCUGAAGUCGGUAACCUAUUAUUUCAAUGCAAUGGUCAAUGUAACUAUGCUGGUAAUACCGCUGGUGCAGUCUUUUUAAAAAUUUUCUUCAAUACAAUUAAUAUCGAUUACCUUAACGAAAAUGAUAUAAAAUUUGAAGAUUCCCAUUUAAACUUAAAUACUAAAGAAAAUUAUACAUAUGCUUCAAAUUAUGCUCCCUUACCUGAUAAAAGUUUAUCGAAAUAUCUUUUGCUUCGUUAUAUCGAAAAAGUUCAUAUUUAUUAUCCCUUUUCCAAUAUAUCAGAAUUAAGAGACUAUUUUGAAAAAAUUUAUCAAGAUCCCAAAAAAAUGUCCUCUUUUGAAAAAUCUUAUGUUUUCAUGAUUUUAGCAAUUUCUUCUGAACUUAACCAAUACGCAAAAGAUUAUAAAAAAUUCUUAAACAUGUUUAAUCCGGAAGAUUAUUUUAAUACCGCUCUAAAAUUCUUCACUUCAAAAGACCAUUAUUUGAAAAAAGAUGAAAACUUAAUUAAAAUGUUAUUAUUAUUGUCAAUAUGGUAUAUUUAUACAAAUAAUAAUGAUAAUAUUUGGUUAGUCACAAAAUUAAACGUCGCAUUAGGUGUUGAGCUCGGUAUUCAUCGUUAUAGUAGAGACUGGAAAUUGUCCACUCUCACUAUAGAAUCUAGAAAUAGAUUAUGGUGGUGUAUUUAUUCCUUGGAAAGAUUUGUUACAGUAAAUUUAGGUAGAACCUUAGGAAUUAAAAACCAAUCUGUUGACUGUAAUUCACCGACUGCAAAAGAAUUUGAUGAAUUACUCAGUGUUGAACAGAGUAUUGCUCCUAUUUAUAAUAAUAUCAAAAUCAAUGCUGCAAUUUUGAUGUUUAAUUUAAGGAAAAUAGGUGGAGAUAUUAUGGAAAGUGUCUAUAUUCCGAGACCAGAAUCAAGACCAUCCUUAGGAAUUGAAAUAAUCACUAGAGUUUCCAAUGAUUUGAGAACCAAGCUAAGCAAUUGGCUAAUAAGUGUCGAGCAAUGCAUUCCAAAGGAUAGCUUCACUUAUUAUGACUUGAAAGUUCAGUUUCACUUGUAUUCUCUUCUCCUUAAUAGACCAUCAACAUCUUUUCCAGCCCCAAAUGAACAAAUUACAAAGCUUUGUUGGGAAAAUUGUCUGAGUGUUAUUGAUUGCUGGCUUUAUCUAAUUAACAACAAUUGCUUACAUAAGACAUGGGGUUUAUUGCAUGAUAUAAUAAUGGUGGAUUUUGUUUCAUUAUAUUGUAGUUAUAAGACAGUUCACGAUUUUGCAUUAACCAAAAAACUAAUUGAUGAUUCAUUCAAAGUUUUAGAUCAUUUUUUCCAAGAUGACAUCAAGGCAACCAGAUUUAAAGUUAUUAUAACUAAAUUAAUAAACAACUACGACAAGAUCAAUGGGGAUCUCACAGAAUAUUCCUCAAUUCUUUCAAUUGAGACUGAUGAUGAAGUUGAUUGGCUAAAAGACGCCUUAGGUGGCGAUUUUGGAAGCGAUCUUGUGGAUUGGUUAGAUGAUUGUUAUGCUUUUAGUGCAAUUAAAGCAGCAUAGUUACAUUGUCAUGUAUUUCUAAAUUUCUUUAA